UAAAUACUAUAAAGAGGGCAAAGAAUUGGUGUUGGAUUUGGGCGCCUAUACGGCGGGACUGGAGUACGCGACCGGUACUGAAGCUAUCAUUAUGGGUAAGCCAUCGAAGGAAUACUAUUCAGCGGCCAUCGAAUCGAUGAAUCUCACGCCUGAAGACGUUGUGAUGAUUGGCGAUGAUAUCAACAGUGAUAUUGGAGGCGCUCAGAGAAACAACAUGAGAGGACUACUGGUGAGGACCGGAAAGUAUAGACCCAGUGAUGAGAACCACCCGAAAGUAACGCCGGACGCAAUCGUCAACAACUUGGCCGACGCUGUCGACCAAAUACUGGCUCACAAGCACUCAAAUGGCAUUCAAUGAAUCAUAUUUUAAACAUAUAACUAAUAUAUUAAUUAAAGUUAAUUUUUAAGUCUCUGUUUUUGAUUGCAAACUACUUUUAUUGACGAUAAAUAAUAGAAUAAAAUUAUAUCUUAUAUUACGAUAAA